UCUGGUGUCUGCUCACUGUCAGAAAACCACAGAAGGAAUUAGAGGAGAAAAAGAAACAGUUGGCUUUCUGUUCACAAACAAGGUUACACAUUCAUCUUAAAGGUGGCCUAUUUCAUAAUGUUAGCUGUGAGGAACCCCAAUUUCAUUUUGAUAUGACCAAAUGGAGGAAACUCUGCAGCAGAUCAUGGAGUUAGGAAACUUUUGUCCCUUUUCUAUCUGACAACUGUGAGGGACAUGGAGAAGGAAGAGAUGGAUGAUGAGGAGGUUUGUGAUGGUGGUUUUGUCUCGGAGGCCAGUUUUAGGCUGCAGCAGGCUGGAGAGAAUGAUGAGUGCACCCAGGAGCAAAAUACGGCCCAUCUCAACUCUCAGGAAACUCCAGUUAUUGACCCUGGAACGGGUGACGUAGAGUCAUGUGAAUCCAUGGAGGCUAAAGAGGACACAGAAGAGGUUUCAGAGGGGUUUGAACAAGACUUGGAUCAUGAGAACCCACAGCUUAUAAAUCAAGAAGAAGAUGAAGCUGCCAAGGAGCAACAGAUGAACGGAGAGUCCGGCUGGAGGGCGCUGGGAGGUGGACGGAGGUGCAAGUUGAGGAGUGGCGGCUCUCUGUUCGAGCAGAGCUUUCAGAAAGGCACCAUCCCGUCCAGUGGAAGUCGGCACAAGCAGACUCGCAGACGCAACCAUCACCACCAUCAGCAGAGCCGCGGUCGCAGGCGGACGGGAAAACAGCUCUUCUUUGCUUUCAGAGAGAUGCUGUCAGAGUCCGUGAGCGUCUGGUGCAUUUCUUGCAUCCACAUGCUGAUUGAGAUUAUUGUGACAUUAACUCACAACUGUGGAGUGGGAGUGGAAAUGGGGUUUUUGAAACUUUACAACUGUGGGAAAAAGAUUCUUGUUAAGGUCACCGAUCUGCCUGGAAUGAAAGCGGACUUUGACCGGGUUUUGAAGCAGAUGAAAUGUGCUGGAGCAGACCUUUUGGAUAAAACUGUGAGGACUCUUAAGUGGAUAAAGUCAUCCGUCUCCUCUUGUUUCAGACUUUUCUGCGCUUUAGUUAUUUUGAGUUUCCAGUGGGUAAAGAGGUUGCUGCUGCGUGUUGGUGGUGAGCGGGGUAAACGCUAUUGGACGGCUUUUCUGGAGUCACAGGUCUGGAAGAGGCUGGCGUCUGUGCUGGAGAGAGUCCGGAGCUGGUUCAGGAAGUGUCGCAACACGCCGUCAUCGCCGUCGUCGCCCAGCAGAGCCGGAAGAGGGGAGCCAAUUCAGGAAUUGGAGCGACUGCUGGCGCUAGCCGAGGUGCCAGAGGCGGAGCUUGACCCCUUCACGGUGCUGGGCGUGGAGGUGGAUGCCACAGAGACCGAGCUGAAGAAGGCCUACAGACAGCUAGCUGUCCAGGUCCAUCCAGACAAGAACAAACAUCCGCGAGCUGGAGAGGCGUUCAAGGUUCUGAGGGCAGCCUGGGAUAUCGUCAGCAACCCUGAGACACGACGAGAGUAUGAGCUGAAGCGCAUGGCAGCAACCGAGCUCUCAAAGUCCAUGAACGAGUUUCUCACUAAACUGCAGGAUGACCUGAAGGAAGCCAUGAACACCAUGAUGUGCACAAAGUGUGAAGGCAAGCACAAGCGGUUCGAGAUGGAUCGAGAUCCUGCUGAAGCCCGCUUCUGUGCUGAAUGCAACCGUUGCCAUAGCGCCGAGGAGGGAGACCUGUGGGCCGAGUCCAGCAUGUUGGGCUUACGUAUCACGUACUUUGCUUGUAUGGAAGGAAAAGUAUAUGAUAUUACAGAGUGGGCAGGUUGCCAAAGAAUAAGCAUUUCCCCCGAUACCCACCGCGUCCCGUACCACAUCUCGUUUGGCUCAAAGAACAACAGCAGCAGCAGCACCACGCGACACAGGAGCCCCUCGGAGCACGCCAGCGGUCCUUCACACCCGGCUGACUUGCAGGACUUCUUCAACAGAAUGUUCAAGGGUGGACCGCCGAAUGACAUGGCUGCCAACGGCGGGGGCUUCUUUCCCUCAGGUCCGCCCCAUCACCACCCGCCCGGUGCUGGACCUGCUCCUUUCUCCCCUCCCCCGGGUCAGACAGGUUUCUACAUGCCGGGGGGCCUUCGGUCAGAUUCCAGCGAGACGUGGCCCGACGGCGGCAAACCCCCCAGGAGGAGAAAGAAGGUCCGAAAACCCUUCCAGAGGUGAAGUCCGUUUACUCGCUGGUGUGUCAAAACUGGGAUGCGAUAAAAAAAAAAAAAAGGCCAUGUUUGUCUCUCGCCUGCCUGUGGGCGUGCCAAGAUCUGAAGAGUGGUUGAGGGUGAAGCUGCAGUCGGAUCCGCCAAGCAGAGAGGGACUGGAUCUGGAAGAGGAGCCAGUCGAAGGCGGAGGAAGUGGCAGUGUCGGUGCUUUAUCUGUCAUUUCGUCCCGUUGUGUUGCUGGUCUCACUCAUGACUGUAGCCUUGACAACCGAGAUCCCUCUGAUGCCGUAAUGAAGCAUUUUCUUCUUUUUUUUUUUGUUGAGAAUUUCCUGCCAAAUCCAUUACUGCAUGAUUUAUUCACCUCUUUUUAACGCCGCUUCAGUUUUCUUACUGCUUUUUUGUAUCGGGUUAAUUUUUGGGCUCUUUGCCGAGAGAGAGAAUCGGUAGAGGUGAAGGCGACGCUCAUUCAGAUUUCCAGCUGAGAAAUGAAGAAGAGGGCUUGUGCAGCUUAACAUGUCAGUGUUACUGUUGUUGUUAUUGCCGCGUGUUUGUUUGUUUUCUGCUUCUGGAGCAAAGCCUUGUCCAACCCAAACAGACGGGAUGAAUCUGAACCACGCCAACAGGACACAACGACGCACAGCACGUCCGUUUCUUUGUUCUUGACCUGAUGUGUCGUUACACUGUCCUGCAGAAGUAUUUACACCCCUUGGAACAUUUCUGUAAAUUUCAUUUUGUGGCGCUCAUAAACCUCUAGGUGUUUUACUGGGAUUUCACACAAAUGAUUUUAUUUAAUAAGUAGAAAAUUAAAAAGUGUGCCAUACAGUCAAAACACACCACUGCUAAAACACAAAAUCUAAGUAUUUUUUUGUCUGGUUUCUAAAGAAAAUAUCUUUAGAUCUCUGAAGUAAGACAAAACUAACUCACAAGUAACUUUACAGCAGGAUAUAGAGGCUUGUUUAAAUAAAUAAUUUCUUAUUAUUGAUGAAAAAGCACUACAUCUAUCGGCAGUUUCUCUUAUAACGUGACAUUUUUCCCAUAAAUUAAUUCAUCUACCAAUGGAACAAGUGCUAUUUCAUCACUUAUUUACAUAAAACAAACCUCUAUAUCUUGCUAUAUAGCAAGACAAACAUCCCCCAACAUAAUGCAGCCACUACCAUGCUAUACAAUGGGAAUAGUAUGUUCAAGGCUUUACUUUUCGCCACAAGUCGUGUUUUGGAUGUUGGUUUAAAAGUUGUAACAAAUCUCAAAAGGGACUUCUGUGGUGGUCUUAUUAAAAAUUAAAAUAUGGUUGUAAUGUGGCAAAGUGUCACAAGGUCCAAGAGAUGUGAACACUUCUGCAAGACACUGUAUGACAGCCUAAUGAUUGAUAAAACUAUUUUUGUUUUAAUGCUUCAGAGCUCUCAAAAAGCAUAGAAAGUCUGUUUAGUCCUGAUAUUUUCCAUUAGCAACAAGUCUUGAAGCCUCUUAUUUGUUUUGCAUUAGCAGGUUACACACCUGUCACUAUGAUUAUUUAUUAUGAAUAUAUCUAAUGCGUAAUUGAGGGUAUUUUUGUCUAAAUCCUGAAGAUAAAAUGUUUUCAGAUGAAAAUAUUCAGUCCAGCUUCAGAGAGUUCACAGAUUCAAGCAGAAGAACAAUUCUGAUGCUUUUUGUUCUGACUUAAGCAGCAAGGUUGAAGACAAACGCAACAAUAGGACAUGUAUGCUGCUACGUUGUUGAUGUGCUCUACUUUUCUUUUAGCUGCUGAGAUAAUUUCUGUUCCAGUUAUCUAAAUUUUUCUGUGGCUUUUCCCCCUAAGCUGAAGUUGUUGCAUGUUUUUAGCAUGUUUUACUCCAUGAUUACUGCGUUGAUGUCCCAGUUCACGUCAUGUUCUGCACCCAAAAUGUUGUUAUGGUUCAGAUUUCCACAUUACAGGUUCACAGGAAAUCUACCCAGUGCUUACUGGUUAUAUUAACAUUCAAAAAGACAGUUAAGUUCACAUGGGCCUUGCCUAGAAAUUAAUGAAUAAUUAAUGAAACCUUUUUUGUUUUGCCUGUAGCCUUGUAAAAGCAACCUGCUGCAUUGUUUACAUCUGACUUGAAGAUUGUGGGCGGUUAUUGAAAAAGGCAACUGUGUGUGUGUGUGUGUGUGUGUGUGUGUGUGUGUGUGCGCGUGAGAGAGAGACUGAGGCACUUGAUAAAGGUUAUAUUUUAUAUUCAUAGGAAGUUUUCUAUUGUGUUAAUUUUCUCCUUUCUAGGACUUUUGUUUUUGCACACCCGGCGCUGUAAUAAAAAGCUGUACUGA